AUGCUCGACACUGCCCACUUGAGGCCAUGUGCCACAAUCCUCCAGUCAGGGGUAAAACCGCCAUUCCCUAACUCCUUUGACUUUCACCAAUUUAUACGAGCUAAGCUUUUCAGAGACAAAACUCACUCACCAAUCAAAGACAGAGAAAGAGAGAGAUGGGAAUGAUGAGUUUGAGCAGCGUAACGGUUUUGGUGAUGAUACUGCUAGUGCAAGUGUCUUCGACGCAGUACAAAGUUGGGGACUUGGACUCAUGGGGUAUCCCGACUGAUGCUAAAGUAUACACGAAAUGGCCCAAAUCUCACUCUUUCAAGAUCGGUGACUCCCUCUUGUUCUUGUACCCACCAAGCGAAGAUUCAAUGAUUCAAGUGACAGCUUCCAACUUCAAGAGCUGCAACACCAAAGAUCCGAUCUUGUACAUGAACGACGGCAACUCUCUCUUCAACCUCACCCAAAACGGAACCUUUUACUUCACCAGCGGACAUCCUGGCCACUGUCAAAAGUACCAGAAGCUCAUUGUCUCCGUCGGCACUUAUGUAACAGCCCGAUUCCCCGGAGUCCGACCGGGGAACCGGGCCGUUACAACUUACUCCGCCGAAGCAGACGCCUUGUCUCCCUCCUCUUCUUCUGCCGAUGCCGACGCUCCUUCUUACCAAAACGCAUUUGGAUCGAUCCCACUCUCUCAGAAAUCUUCGUCUUCAUCGCUGCUAUUCUCCACCGUCGUUGCUUCGCUGGCCUGCGCUGUCGUCGUCGUCGGUGCUCUCAUGUGA